AUGCUUUUAAUUGCCGUCACAAUCAUUGUGGCGCUCCUCGUUGCCUAUUACAUCUCCACCCUCUUUUCCGCGGUCCGAGGAACCACACGACGACGCUCUCGCUCCGUGCUGUUGGUUGGCCUCACUGGUAGUGGCAAAACAACAUUGUUUGCGCAGCUGGUGGCGCGAAAACGUGUGCAAGUGCGCACAAGUAUGGAACCCAACAGGGGCGUGAUGCGGCUGGCGUCUGCAGCCGAAAAUGAGGAUCCCACCGCAGGAUCGGAAUCAAGUGGUGUGACAAUUAUUGACUUCCCCGGACACCGCCGCCUGCGCGAGUCCCUCAUGCGAGCUCUUGAAGAAGUAAAGAAGGUUGUGUUUGUUGUUGACGCAGUCACUAUUCAAGACCCCCACGAGGGGGCUGAAGCUGUGGCAGAGCUUAUAGUUGCUGUCCUUUCUUCCACUGAAUUUUUCGGCGUGGAAAGUGUGUUGAUUGCGUGCACGAAACGUGAUGAACUGACGAGCUACUCCGCAAAGGCUGUGCAGAAACUGCUCGAGAAGGAAAUAACGCACUGCUUGAGCACCCGCCACGGCGGCGUGCAGCGGCUCGAGAGUAUUGUAAAUGCGUCGGGGGUUGCCGUAGGUUCGGGUAACAAAUCACGAAGGAACGCCGCAACGCAUGGCUGUCGUUCACAUGAACUGUCACUGGAUGAGGCGAGGAAAUUCUCAUUUGCCAAUUUCCAGGUUCCAGUACAAUUCGUGGACAUCUCUUCCUUUGUUGGUCCGGAAGAUCAAGUGUAUAAUGUGGAGCCCGUACGUGAGUUCGCGACGAGUUAA